GUGCCGCGGGGCUGGCGGGUGGUCGCCCAGCACGGGCCCCCGGAGCUCAGGCGGGACCGCGGCAUCGUCCUGGAGGCCGUGCGGCGAGACUGGGAGGCGCUCGAGCUCGCGGACGAGUCGAUGCGGAGCGACCCGGAGCUGGUCCGGGUGGCGGUGCGGCAGGACUGGCGUGCCACGAUCCACGCGAUCGGGCCGGUGGAGACGUCGACCAUGGUGGAGGCCGUGCAGCAGGACUGGAGGGCCAUAGACAUGUUCCUGCGGGAGGACCUGCCCCAGGGCGACCUGGACGCGCUCGCGACUCUGGACGCGCUCGUCAACCGCGUGCAAAAACACUGCGUAAAGAACACUGCGUAA